AUGAAACCCGUCGCACGUCAAGGCGUCCGCCUGGCAAGUAACAGUCGAGCACGAGGCGCCUCACGAUCGAGAGCCUUUCCUCGAGAACAAGUCCGAUGCUUCAGCAGACAUGCCCCAUGUCAGAACGAUGCACGCGGACCCCAUCCUCCCUCUGAUCAUUCACACACACCGUCGAUAGAGCCGCGACAUGAAGAGCAAAAGAAGCAGUCAGAUCCGCCAGCAGCGGCAGAGCAGGAGACAGAGCCGAAGGCUACCGAUAGUACGCGCAAAGUUGGCUUAACCGCUGGCAGACCCAGAAGGCGAAGAGACAACCACACGCCGGAGCCUCCCGAACCACCUGCGAUUCCGCAAUGGUUCCUCGAUCACAACGUCAAGCUGUAUCUCGAUACAGAACAGCCAAAUCGUAGCGCGAAGAAUGCGCAGAUCCUCAGAUGUGUAGACAGAGAGACUGGGCAUACGCUGUUCACCGUCCCGAAUUACGAAGCAUGGCCCGGCGGACUCCAGCCAGCUAAGGCUGCGACACCGAAGAAGAAAGCCCUUGACCAGAGCUUCUUCGACAGCAAGUUCGCUGCGCCGCACUCCGAGACACCACCCGAGACACAACCCAAGGCCACUACAGAGACUCCUGCGCCCACAAUAUCUACGCCUCCCUCUGAUGAGGCUUACAACGACGUAAACCCACACGCGCUAUUACGAUGGGUGCUUCUGGAGGCCGAGACAGCCAUCAUUGCAGGGUACUCAGCAUCUAGAGAAGCUGCGCAGGCCUCUUCGACUGCGGCAUCACGAGUCGAUGUGUCACUGAUAUGUCCCGACUCGGAUUCGCACGACCAGAUGGAUAGCAUAGUAGACGAUCUUGCGAACAUCACGCGCUCGAAUGUAAUCCGAAUUGACGCCAGCGAUUUCGCCGACUUGACUGCAGACUAUGUUGGGGCCACGUCCGAUGCAGUUGGCUCCUUCUCGAAUCUUGCAUACGAUGUUUUCGAUGGCUACACCUCUAAAAGCUCUCAGCCUGGCCGGUUGAUGGAAGAGGACGAGGAGGACGAGUUUGAUGAGGAUGAGGAAGAUGAAGAUUCCAGUAGGCACAAUGCCAGCGAUUUCCCGCCAGGUCGUCUUACCACUUUAGAUUGGCUCAGACAAGCCAUCUUAAAAAGUCCAGGUGUUGGCAAGGCCCUCGGUAAGAUGGACGGGAUCGCCAUUCCAUUUGGCAUGACUAUGAUAGCAAAGAUGGGACCCGGAGGACCAAGUCCUUUCAGGUCCCUCAGUAACGCAGAUGCGCCGUGGGAUGAGACACGGCUUCAAGCGCUUCUCAACUCUUUACUGGAUGCACCGAUGCAGAAGCUUGAGAAGCAGCCACCUUCAGGUACAGAUAGCCUGCAUUAUCGUCUAAAGGAGAGCUCGCCCGUAGUACACCACAGGGACAGCAUGACGGCAGCUGAUGUUUCCUAUCAAGCACUGUGGCGAGCAUGGCGGUCAAGUCGUAGCUGCUGGCUUCCAGAUGUUGCUGGCCUUAUUGCCGGCCACGUCAACCGACUGAUGGGACCAGAAGGUGCUCUUAAGCUAGAAGCUGCUGGGCAAGGCACCACACUAACGCCUAGCCGUUCUGAAACGACAAGAACAAUUGUUCACGUACGAGAUCUGAAGGAUGUCUGCGAUGCCCGCAUGGGCGAUGCGAUUGUCCGCAACUUGGUCCGAGUCGUGCAAAAACGUCGAAAAGCAGGGAAUGCAGUGAUCAUUGUGGGCACUACUGCACAGCACUUCGGCAGUGCUAGCUUCGCCAGCUUUGGUCAAGAUACAGAUGAGACAGAAUUUCGAUCGAUAGUCGUCCCGCCAUUCUUCAGCAUGUCCAAGAGUGCGCAGACCCAGCUCGCCUCAGAGGGUCUUGCAUUGGAGAACACGACAGACUCGACGUAUCGUCGCAUUCUCGAGAUCAACAUCCGUAACAUACAAUCUAUGCUACGUCGACUGCGUCCAGGUGACGAAACAGAUCUCUUCUCCGAAAGCUCUCUGCGACAGCUCCACUUUGCUGAAACCCGCACCAUGGGUCAGAAAGUGAUGGCUUUCGAUCAAGUACAGCGGCUCGUACUUACAGCCAUUGGACUUUCGCAAGAGCACGCCACGUCCGAAGUGGUCAACGCCAGUCACAUUGGGCUUGCUGCCUUCAUCACGGCAAAGGCAGAUCGUACCCAGCGCGCCUGGUCUGAGUACAACAUGGAGAAGGCCACCUCGGCAGCGAGGGACCGAGCACAGGUAGCACAGGGGUUCCGGGAAGACGCCGACAAGGGGAGCGCGCGCAUUGAAAAGCUCAAGAAAAACUGCAACUCUCACGAGAGUCGGCUACUUGGAGGAGUGGUAGACGCCCAGAACAUUAAGACCGGAUUUCAGCAAGUACACGCGACACCAGAGACUAUCGACGCAUUGAAGACCAUGACGUCGUUGUCGCUGCUCAGACCGGAUGCCUUCAAGUACGGUGUUCUGGCUGCUGACAGACUGCCCGGCUUGAUGCUGUACGGCCCGCCUGGAACUGGUAAGACGCUGCUCGCGAAAGCAGUGGCAAAAGAAUCCAAAGCCACCGUCCUCGAGAUCAGCGGCGCCCAGGUCUACGAGAAGUAUGUCGGAGAAGGUGAGAAGAUGGUCAAGGCAGUCUUCAGCUUAGCGAAGAAGUUAUCGCCCUGCAUAGUCUUCAUCGAUGAAGCAGACGCCAUCUUCGGCAGCCGUAGCAGCGCCGGUAACAGAAACACUCACCGCGAGAUCAUUAACCAGUUCCUACGAGAGUGGGACGGAAUGGACCUGCACAACGUGUUCAUCAUGGUAGCAAGCAAUCGACCUUUCGACAUGGACGAUGCUGUUCUGCGGAGACUGCCACGCAGGAUACUGAUUGACUUACCUGUAGCGAAAGACCGCGAGUCAAUCCUGGGGAUUCACCUCAAAGACGAACAGCUGGACGACACGGUCAAUCUGUCAAGUCUUGCUGAACAAACACCACUAUACAGCGGCUCCGAUCUCAAGAACCUCUGCGUCUCCGCUGCGUUGGCCUGUGUACGAGAGGAGAACGAGCUAGCAAGCAGCAAAGAAGACGACAAAGACUUCAAGCUGCCCGAGAAGCGUACACUCUCCUCAAGUCACUUUGAGAAGGCCAUUAGAGAGAUCAGCGCUUCUAUUAGCGAAGACAUGGGCUCGCUGGUGGCCAUCCGGAAAUUCGACGAACAGUAUGGUGAUCGUAAGGGCAGGAAGAAGAAGACGACGUACGGGUUCGGUACUGGCGAUGCAGGCACGGUCGAUGAGAAUGCUGCUCUUGUGCGGCCGCGGCCUCCGCCGUGA